AAUUGCCCUUAGCCGGGGAAAGUCGCAGUUUCCAAAUUCCAGGGAAAAUUUUAUUUCGUGUAAUAUAAACUGAAGUAAAAAAAAAAUAUCACGGUAUCCAAAAUUUACGUGGAAGAACGCUCUUUCGAAUUAAAAAUUUAAUCACGAGUUUUCCAAAGUAAAAUUUCAAAUACGUAAAGAUUGAUAACAGUGUUACGCGAAAAGCGCGAUGAUAAGUGGAUGCUGCGGAUCGUCUACGUCAUCGUCUUUCAGUUCCUGUACACCUGCUUACAUCCCCUGUGUGCCCUGCGCACCCUGUAUACAGUGCAGACCUGCAUACCCACCCCGUUGUCCACCCCGUCCGACAAAGACUGUGGUAUAUCUUAGACCCUGCCCAUCGUGUCCACCGUGUUGUCCUAUGCCCUGUCCACCCAAGGUUGUCGUGACCUGUUCACCUCCUCGACCUCGACCACCUCCACCACCACCCACCGUAGGAUACCUUUAUAGUAUUACCAGAGUUCCUUGCCUACCACCUCCACCACCUACACCACCUACUUGCUCGCCUUGUAGACCAGCCUGUGUUUCCUGUCCAUCCUGUUAAAGUGAACCACUUGCAACUGCAUAAUGAGGAUGAGAAGAACGAGACUCGAGAUCAAACGUGAUGGAUGACUAAAUAUAUUUUUAGAAAUCAAUUUUAGAUUUUCAAAAUUAGGUGAAAUUAAAAAAGAGUUUAACGGGUUUCAUACUUUAAAAAUAUGGAACUUCUCAGGUCGGAUAGCAGCUUAUUGGCUGAUAAAACAUGAGGGAAGGCAAAAUAAUGUAAUAUUAUAUUUUAAUUAAUGUACGGAAAUAAAUAGAAAGAAAUUUUAUAAUAAAAUCAAUGU